ACGAACUGGAGUCGGAGCUCUACAACUCUGCCAGCAGUAUCUUUUCCUCAGUUUCACAAUAAUGGCAGGCAUUUUUGAGCAGCCGCGGAAUGCGGACACUCUCUUCUUGGGUGGGCAGAAAAUCACCGGCCCUGACGUUCGGGAGCAGAACGUGCUCGCGACCCAAGCUAUCGCAAAUGUCGUCAAGAGCUCCUUCGGCCCCUCCGGUCUCGACAAGAUGAUGGUGGAUGAUAUAGGAGAUGUCACUGUUACCAACGACGGUGCGACGAUUCUUAGUCUUCUUGAUAUUGAGCAUCCUGCGGGUAAGAUUCUCGUAGAUCUCGCUCAACAGCAGGAUAAGGAGGUCGGAGAUGGAACGACAUCUGUCGUUCUGAUCGCUGCAGAACUCCUACGACGAGGCAACGAACUGAUGAAGAACCGUAUACACCCUACCACCAUCAUCAACGGCUACAGACUCGCGCUCAGAGAAGCUGUCAAGUAUAUGAAUGAGAACAUCACCACAAAGGUCGAGACGCUGGGGAAGGACAGCCUGGUCAACAUUGCUAAGACCUCGAUGUCUUCCAAGAUUAUUGGCUCGGAUGCGGAUUUCUUUGCGAAUAUGGUUGUUGAUGCGAUGCUCCUUGUGAAGACGACAAACCAGAGGAACGAGGUCAAGUACCCCGUCAAGGCAGUCAACCUUCUUAAGGCUCACGGAAAAAGUGGUACGGAGUCAAUGCUUGUCAAUGGCUAUGCUCUUAACUGCACUGUGGCUUCUCAAGCCAUGAAGACCCGUAUUACUGAUGCCAAGAUUGCUUGUCUGGACAUGAACCUGCAAAAGGAGAGAAUGAAGCUUGGUGUACAGAUUACUGUUGACGAUCCCGAUCAGCUAGAGAAGAUUCGCGAGAGGGAAGCUGGCAUUGUCAUUGAGCGUGUUGAGAUGAUUCUAAAGUCUGGGGCAAAUGUUAUUUUCACUACCAAGGGUAUCGAUGACAUGGUCUUGAAGCUGUUUGUUGAGAGGGGAGCCAUGGCCGUUCGCCGCUGCAAGAAAGAGGAUCUGCGACGCAUUGCCAAGCUUCCGGCCUCGUACCUCGGCCAUGCGGACGAAGUUGUGCAGGAGCGGAUAUCCGAUGAUGAGUGUAUCCUUGUCAAGGGUACCAAGGUUCACACCUCAGCUUCUAUCAUCCUCCGUGGACCCAACGACUUCAGCUUGGACGAGAUGGAGCGUUCGGUGCACGACUCUCUGUGUGCUGUCAAGCGAACCCUCGAGAGCGGUAGCAUCGUUCCCGGAGGUGGUGCCGUCGAGACCGCCCUUCACAUUUACCUUGAAGAAUUUGCGGUCACAGUAGGAUCCCGGGAGCAGCUCGCCAUCGGUGAAUUUGCCCAGUCACUUCUGAUUGUUCCGAAGACCCUGGCUGUGAACGCUGCUAAGGACUCGUCCGAACUUGUUGCCCAGCUUCGUGUCCGCCACGCUCUCUCCCAACGCGUGCAGGAUGGUGACGCCAAUGAGGAGGAGAAGGCCAUCGCUAAGAAGAAGACAUACCGAAACUACGGUCUCGACCUUACGAAGGGUCGGGUUCAUGAUACCCUUAAGGCUGGUGUGCUGGAGCCCAGUAUGGGCAAGAUCAAGCAGCUUAAGAGUGCUGUUGAGGCCUGCAUUGCCAUCAUGCGUAUUGAUACCAUGAUCAAGCUGGACCCAGAAGUGAAGGAGGAUGACGGACAUGGCCACUAA